AUGCUGAAAGAUAAUCUCUUGAAAACAAGGGUUUCGACCCUAGCAUCCUUGCGCCAUGCUUCAUCACCUCCCACCCAAAGCUUCGAUGGCGGAGAUGGUGGUGGCACGACGACCUCGGCGAACAGGUAUGGUUGGAGGAGCGGCGUUUGCGGAGGUGUGGCGCACGUGGAGCGGGGUCGGCCCCGAGACGUGCGGCGCUGGAGGUUGCUGGUGGCUGCUAUGCAACUAAGGCUUUGCUUAGACGCUUCUGCUGCAAAUGGAGAGGAAAUAUUAUUGUGGAUGAUCGUCUUUAAGACCAGUAGUUCCCCCCUCAGAUCCCAACCCACCAGACCUGCCGCUGAUUUGAAGUUUCUACUUUCAAACGAUGCAUCGAAAUGGAUCGUUACUCUCGCUAUCUUCCCCGAUAGAAAUUUUGUCUCAUCUGCCCACUCUCUAGCACAUCCCUUUUUGGAGAAGUCCCUUUGCUGCCCAUAUACUCUUCCAAGUAAGUGAAGGUAAAUUUCCCAACUUUGCAUUUAGAAAACUUGAUCGCGGAUAGUACUUUGCUUUUAAUACUCUGGCUAAUAAAGAAUUUGGAUAAUUAAUAAGAGGCUAACCCAGUUUGGCUUAUAACGCAAUAUUAAAUUGACCAAGAUUUCGAAAACCUAAACCACCAUUUUCUUUUAAGGAACAAAGGUUUUUCCAAAUGCACCAAUGAAUUCCCCUUUUUUCGUGUCCCUUCUGCCACUAGAACCUCGCAACGAUACUUUCGAGUUCAUCACAUAGAACUUUAGGUAAUAAAAAACAAGCCAUCGCGUAAGUUGGUAUAGCCUGA